GGCCUCAUAAUGACUGACACAUGUUGUAAUAAAGUGUGUGGCCAGACUGUGGCUCCCUUUCUUCGCCAAACAGACAGAGGAUCCGUUUGGUCACUGACAGCCAGUUCUGUUAUGUUGGAGUAAACACAAACUCCUCCUUCCCAGUGACAGGCGGCAACGCUGAAGCAUCGCCUCGCCUUUUCCAAGACAAUCUGCGCUCAGGACUACGUGUUUAGGCCAUCAAGGUGGUGAACAUCCCUUUAAGACUUGCAGAGCUGCUCUACAAAAAUCCAGGCUGGCUGCUUCUGCUUGGUGAGCUGCUGGAAGUGAAGCACUGAGACCCACAUCUCACUGCCACUUGGAUCCGGGGAUCAUCUGUCCUCGUUGGCUGUGAGAGCAGACCUCACUCACCCCGCCUCCAGCUUCUGUCCAACCUCACACCGAAGACGUCAACAACAAUGUGACCACUGGACUCGGUCAGCACCAUGUGACCUGCUAUUAUGGAUUUGAGUAUCAGCAUACUUUGAAUCAACACUCAUCUAGUCACAAUGGUUCCACUUCUGUUUUUGGUGGCAACCACGACAACAUCCAAUUCCACCAGCAAUGGCAACCAUACACAAGAAGGCGUUACAUCCCAAAACAACCACAUCCUCCCCACCGUGCUGGUCCUGUCCCUGCUGCUGCUCAUCUUCGCACUGCUAACCUGGUACUUCCUCAGGUUAAAAAACCAGAGAAAAGCAGUCGUCACAACAGUUGACAAGAAGAUACCAAAUGGCAUCCUGGAAGAACAAGAGCAACAGACGGUGGUCCUUCUGCCCAGAUCCCCUUCAGCUUCUAAGACCUACUUCCCCAUCCCAGUGGACCACCUCGAGGAGGAGUACAGGCUCCGCUCGGCUGACGAUGGCAAGCUCUUCAGAGAGGAGUACAAUUCCCUGCCAGGGGGUCAUGCCCAGGGGGCGUACGAGGAGGCCAACAAGGAGGACAACAAGGAGAAGAACAGAUACCCCAACAUCCUUCCCUACGAUCAUUCCAGAGUGGUGUUGACUCAGCUGGAUGGAAAUCCCUGUUCAGACUAUGUGAAUGCGUCUUACAUUGAUGGUUACACGGAAAAGAACAAAUUCAUAGCAGCACAAGGUCCAAAGGAAGACACCGUUGCAGAUUUCUGGAGGAUGAUAUGGGAGCAGAAAGUGGCGACUGUCGUCAUGCUGACAAAUUUGAAGGAAAGGAAAGAAGACAAAUGUCACCAGUACUGGCCAGAUCAGGGCUGUUGGACCUAUGGGAAUGUGAGGGUGGCAGUAGAAGACUUCACUGUCCUGGUGGACUACACCAUUCGCAAGUUCUGUAUACAAUAUCAAGCCAGCGAUGCAGCUAAGACUCCUCGGCUAGUUACCCAGCUCCACUUCACCAGCUGGCCUGAUUUUGGAGUUCCCUUCUCUCCCAUCGGCAUGCUCAAGUUCCUCAAAAAGGUCAAGGCGGUGAAUCCACCCUUCUCUGGGCCCAUUGUGGUCCACUGCAGUGCUGGUGUUGGCAGGACAGGAACCUUCAUCGUAAUAGAUGCCAUGAUAGACAUGACGCACGCAGAGCAGAAAAUUGAUGUGUUUGGAUUCGUCUCUAAGAUACGAGAACAGCGCUCACAGCUCAUCCAGACAGAUAUGCAGUACUCAUUCAUCUACCAGGCCCUGCUUGAAUACUACCUCUAUGGAGACACGGAGCUGGACGUGUCGUCUCUGGAAGGACAUCUGCACAAACUGCACAACACCUUUACAAAUGGUGACCGGGUCGGCCUGGAGGAGGAGUUUAAGAAACUGACCAACAUGCGAAUAAUGAAGGAGAACAUGAGAACGGGGAACCUUCCCGCCAACAUGAAGAAGAACAGAGUUCUGCAAAUUAUUCCAUAUGAUUUCAACAGAGUUAUUCUCUCCAUGAGAAGAGGUCAGGAGUUCACCGAUUACAUCAAUGCAUCUUUCAUAGAUGGCUACAGACAGAAAGACUACUUCAUUGCCACCCAGGGUCCACUGACACACACAGUGGAGGAUUUCUGGAGAAUGGUGUGGGAAUGGAAAUGUCACUCCAUUGUCAUGCUCACUGAGCUCCAGGAGAGGGAGCAGGACAAAUGUUGCCAAUACUGGCCCACAGAGGACUCAGCCACCUAUGGAGAUUACACAGUAGAGUUGAAGGGAGACACUUUAUGUGACACCUUCAGUCUACGAGACUUGGUACUCACCUUUAUCCCGGAGAAGCAGACAAGGGUGAUAAGGCACUUCCACUUCCACGGCUGGCCGGAGAUUGGCAUCCCGGCCGAGGGGAAAGGCAUGAUCGACAUCAUCGCCUCAGUGCAGAGACAGCAGCAGCAGUCUGGGAACCAUCCCAUCGUCGUACACUGCAGUGCUGGUGCAGGGCGAACAGGUACGUUCAUUGCACUGAGCAAUAUCUUGGAGCGAGUCAAGGCGGAGGGCCUGCUGGACGUGUUCCAAACUGUGAAGAGUUUACGCAUGCAGAGGCCUCAUAUGGUCCAAACUGUGGAACAAUAUGACUUCUGCUACAGGGUGGUACAAGACUUUGUCGACAUUUUCUCAGACUAUGCCAAUUUUAAAUGACGAGAUUUGCCUUAAACAUGAUUUUUAAUGUUGUUUUCUAAAGCUGGUUUGUCAGUUUUAUGUGUUUCUUUAACUUGGUCAAAUGAUCUAUUUUGCUAUGCACUUGUCCUACUAUUAACUAAAACUCCAUCCUCGCUGUAAUAUACUGUAUCUCAGUGGAUUAAAAUUGUAAAUGGAAAAAAGUUAGAUUAAUAAUGUAUAUUUCACAUCAUGUAUGAUAAUUAUUUUGUCAUGAAGUGUAGUUUCAAAGUUGGUCUCUUAUUUCAGUUCUGUUGUAUAAUAUUGUACUUUAAAUGUCCAUGUAAGUGUUAUUUUGGAUUGACCACGUAAUAUUUUUAAAAGUUGUACUUAUUGUAAAUGUAUUUAUGUGUUGAUGAUGACAUUCCAUUCUUGAGUUUGGAGAACAUUACGGGAAUGUUAAGAUUAUCUUUUUUUUUUUUUUAGAGUACAUUCUUUCAUUUAUUGAUGACUUCUAUCUGAGAUUAGAGGCGAUUUUGAACCAAAUUUUUAAUUGCCCUGAAGCUACAUGUCCAUAACGAAUAUGAUACUCUUUCCAAUGGAAAUACUGUCAGAACAAGAGAGCAUCACUUCAGCCAUAAUGCAGAAAACAAAGUAAUGCAACAGAAGCCAAGAUGACAACCCAACAUGAAUUCAGGCAGAGGUUUCACAGUUCGACUAGAGUCGUGAAAGACCAUUAAACUGGUUUUGUACCUCAAAAAGUGGUUUGCAGCUGCAUUUAACAUGGAUGUAACGUUACUACAUUCUGCCUUUUGUCUGUAGACAGCAAAAAGUAUUUUGCUUAAAUGACUGCACAUUAAAAAGCACAUAUAACUAA